GCCACCCGGGCGUCUGGCGAGGUGCGCGCCUCCCGGCCCCCACUCCGCCGCUUCGCGGCUCUGAGCCCGCCGCCAGCCUCUCUCAGACGAACAGGGGCGGGGACAGAGUGGCACCUACCCGGAUCUGCGACUCCAGCUGCCGAAGACCACAAUCCAGCCAAGACGGCGCCCUAGGGCCACUGGCGUGGAAGGUCCGAGCAGAGCCAGGGACGCGAGAGGAGCCGCCGCCGACUCGACAGCGCGUCCCAGCACCUCGGGCUCGCUCUCUCUUGUGCUUGGGAAAAACUGAGGAAACGAGCUCGGUCUCCAGAGCCGGCGGGGAACUGUGGAGACACUACCAAAUCCUCAACAUCUUGAAAAUCCAUCACCUUGGUUUCCUGAGACUUGGAGGUACCCCACUUUGUGGGAAGCUGGCCAUCCAGGACACAAGGAGACGUAAGAUAAAGGGCACAGGAACAUCUCAAUGAGCCCCCAUGAGCUGGAACCGACAGCUGGCUGACAGAAAACUAAUCCAGAGAGAGAAAAUACUUAGGUGGAGUAUGAAAUUUUGAAUAAUGUUUUCAGCUCUCAAGGGCCUCAUUGCCACUUGCUGUGUCACUUGGGGCCUCCACAUCCUAAACUUCACAGCUCUUGUGGUGAUUCCAUCGCCACACCCCCAGAGGAUGAAUGUUAUAUGAUUGCCAUUCCAAAGAUGAGGAAUCCAAGACUCUAAGAGACUGAGAGACUUGAGCAGGGCCUUCAGCUACUCAUUUCAGAUGCUUUGCAUUCAGAACAGACCUCUGUUGGGACCCAAGCUGUCAACCAGUCCUAAAAUUCCUAAGUUCCUGAGUUGCAGCAGGUAUUGAUUUCUGACUUUUGAAGAUGGAUGAAGGUGUAGAAAUUUCAAGUGAUGGAAACUCUCUGAUCAAAGCAGUCCGUCAGAGCCGGCUUCGCCUCACAAGACUCCUGCUGGAAGGCGGUGCCUACAUCAAUGAGAGCAAUGACCGUGGGGAAACGCCUUUGAUGAUUGCUUGUAAGACCAAACCUGUUGAUCACCAGAGUGUCAGUAGAGCCAAAAUGGUUAAAUAUCUGUUAGAAAACAACGCCGAUCCCAACAUACAAGACAAAUCUGGGAAAACCGCUUUGAUGCAUGCUUGCUUAGAAAGAGCUGGUCCUGAAGUUGUCUCCUUGCUCCUAAAGAGUGGGGCAGACCUCAGCUUGCAAGACCAUUCGAGUUACUCAGCCCUCGUUUAUGCUAUAAAUUCCGAAGACAGAGAGACCCUUAAAGUUCUACUUAGUGCCUGCAAGGCAAAAGGGAAAGAAGUCAUUAUCAUAACAACAGCAAAAUCGCCUUCUGGCAGGCACACUACCCAACAGUACUUAAAUAUGCCUCCUGCAGAUAUAGAUGAGUGUCACUCCCCAGCUGCCUGUGCCACGCCUUCAGAAAUAAACAUAAGAACAGCUUCAUUGCUACUUUCACAUUCUUCUGAAACUGAAAUGACACCUUUUGGCUUUAAAGGUCUGGAGCCCUCAGGAAGCAGUGAUGAUACCUGGGACCCAGGCUCCCCUGUGAGGAAGCCGGCUGUGCCCCCUAAUGGGCCCAAGCUACCCCAGGCUCCCCCCUGGAUCAAGAGCCCCCCUUCAUUAAUGCACCAACACAGAGUGGCCUCUUUGCAAGAGGAGCUCCAGGAUAUUACUCCAGAGGAAGAAUUAUCCCACAAGACCAAUGGGCUGGCACUUUCCAAGCGAUUCAUCACUAGGCACCAAAGUAUUGACGUAAAAGACACGGCACAUUUGCUAAGAGCCUUUGAUCAGGCCAGCUCAAGAAAGAUGUCAUACGAUGAAAUAAAUUAUCAGUCAUUUUUUUCAGAAGGAAAUCAGCAAUGCAUCGAAAUCCCUGUUGACCAGGACCCAGACUCUAACCAGACAAUAUUUGCUUCCACCUUAAAAAGUAUUGUUCAAAAAAGAAACUCGGGAGCAAAUCACUACAGCUCUGAUUCCCAGCUCUCAGCUGGUCUAAUCCCUACAACUUUAGAAGAUGGCAAGGCACUUACGGGAAAGAAAAAGAUCCUCUCACUAUCACCUUCUUUGUUGUCAGGCUCCAAAGAACUGUUGGAGAAUAUCCCCCCAGCUCCCCUGAGCAGAAGAAAUCAUGCAGUUUUAGAAAGGCGUGGUUCAGGAGCGUUCCCUUUAGAUCACAACGUGACCCAAACCAGACCAGGAUUUCUGCCACCCUUAAAUGUGAAUCCCCCGCCUCCUGUCUCAGAUAUCAAUGUCAACAAGAUUUCCAGUCUUCUUUCUUGUGGUCAAAAAGUGCUUAUGCCAACAGUUCCUAUAUUUCCUAAAGAACUCAAAAGUAAAAAAAUGUUGUUAAGGAGACAGUCAUUGCAAACAGAACAAAUUAAGCAGUUAGUAAAUUUUUAAGAGAUGGCUAGAAAAUACAUUUUGUUCAAAUGUCUGUAUCAGAGGAAUGUAGAACUAGAGAAGAAAUCUCAAAUGUUCAUCCUUUUAAAUCUUGUAAUUGUUGAGUCUGUAACAGUUAGGGAGAUCAACAUGUACCAUGUAUCAUACUAGGCACUUUGUAUAUGGAUAUACAAAGAAUAUAUAGUUUCUGGUAAGGGAAUUCUCUCAAAAUUCAAGCCAUUUUCUCUCAAAACUUCCAAUAUUUAACAACCUUCAUAUGGUCUAAGUUUUUAAUUUAAACAAAAAUUAGCAAAGAAAAGGUCACAUGUGUUGGAGAUAACUUUAAAAUUUUUUUUCAGAUUUGCCAAAUAUUUUAUUAGGAAACAUUGCUUUCAAAUCAAUUAAUUUUAAAUAUUUCAAGUCAAUAAAUAAGAUCGUAGUUUUCCAUGAUGCCAAAAGUGUAAAAGAAAACACUGACAGCUAUAAAAUGUUCAAUGAUCUAUAAGCUUAAGCUAGUAAGGAAGAAUGAGCUAAUUCUUAAGAAAUGUUGAAUGCAGGUAGAUGGAAAUCUAAUUAAAUUUUUAAUGGUCAACCAUUAUAGAAGGGGCAGCUAAUAUUCAUGUUGCCAGCUUAAUCAAUGUCAAAAUCGCAGAUCAGUUUUACAUGCUAGUAAUAAUCUAUGCCAAGUGUUUGUGUGCUCUUUUUUGCUUUGUUUUGUUUUUUAAACAAACAUUUAAACAAAAAUGUUAUUUUCUGGAAUUCUUUAUCCAUAUCCUUUAAUUCUUGUUAUUAUUUUUUGAAGCCUAUCCAUAGGUAACCAAUAAUAACAAGAUAAUAUAAAAGUUAAAAAGCAUUCCACUUUACUUAUAUCAAAUUAUUGUCUUUCUAAGAACAACCAAAAAACCCUAAAAGUUUGGGAUUUAUUACAAAUAGAAACUAAAUGCUUGCUUCAUUCUAGAAAAGAAAAACAUUAGAUUAGCUUAGGUUAGCUAAAAUUAAGAAAGCCAGUACAAACUUAAUUAUAAAAUGUACUAAAUAUUCAGUCAAUAUUAAACAAUCUUUAUUUCUGAUAUAUAAUUAUUAGACAUUUCUAUAAUAAAGAUAUACAAGGAUAAUUUCCUUAGUAUGACAUAUUUCGAUCAUGUAGUAUUUUAGGACCUGUGAAUAAUUUCUAACAAAAUAAAUGAAUACCAUGUUACUAUCAUAAAAUAUUAUAAAAUGACUAUAUCUUCUAUGAUUUCAAAAUACAGUGUUUGUACAAAGAAUCCUUAUUUCAAUCUAGCAGUUUACAACAAAGAAUAAAUCAGACUAUACAAAACCUGAGUGUUUUGACAACUGUGAUAUACAAUUUAUUUCUUUGCCUUCUAUCAGUAGAGAAGAUCUUAACAAUUGGCAUGAUGCUUUUCUUAGUAAUUUGAUAUAAGCAAGUUGUAAUGUAGACAGUAAUUAUUUAAUUUUUGUGGCUUUUAUUUGGAAAAAAAUUGGAAGUUAUCCAUUUAAUGUUUUGAAGAACAUUAAUUAUAUUAGAAAUAUUUUUUGACUCAGAACUUAGAAUUGUACCUGAUGUUUAUAGGUAGCUAAACCCUUUUUUGCAAGUUUUAAUAUUGAGAAAAGUGCUUGGCUUUAAGUUAUAAGGAUACAGUUUGGAAGAAUAUGUAAAUAGAUUAGUUCAUAAAAAAAAUUGUAUCAAUAAAGAUUUAAAAUAUAAUU